CUGUCCACGCGCUCGACGUUGGCAGCGUGGACGACUCCCCUGACGUGUUCUGGGAGGAGGUCUCGGACGAGGUCGAGGACCCGACCGAGGGCAUGUACGACGGUGGACAUGCAGGACGAGCUAGACAAGAGGCUCACGCUGGAGCAUCAACAGAGUUUUUUGUUGACUACGGAGUCGGGGAGGACAUCCACAAGUCGGAGGUGAACGGGAGCGGCGGCUGCCGCGAGUUCCGGUGGCAGGAGUGGCGCGACGACCUGUUCGCGCCAGGGUCGGCGCCGAUCUCCACCAGGCCCAUCGCCUUCGUGGCGCUCGAACGUGGCUUCGAGGUAAUGACGCUGGAUGCGACGGGCGCCUUCUACCAGGCGCCCGAGUGCGACGUGGUGGUGGUGGACCCCCCGCAGGAGUAUCUGGACAUGCUCAAGGCGGAGGGCAGGGGCGCGAACAUCUACUGGAAGUUGAAGAAGCAGCUGCCUGGCAGGCGCACCGUUGCGCCAGGCUGGGUUGAGCACGUGGCGGGCAUCCACGCGGGCGAGUUGCACAUGUCGCGUUGCGACGGGGCACCGCAGUUCUUCUACGACCCUUAG